AUGGAUGCUGACGAUUUCGAAGACGACAUGAUGAUGGACGAGGACGAGCUCAUCGCUCCUUCCCCCACAGCCGAGGACAUCUUUGAAGAGGACGGUCGCUUUGCCGGUCCACGCGUCCCCAACGUCAAGGUCGUCGACAAGAACUUCUUCAACGGUAAACUUUCUUUUUUCUCCACGCCACCACCGCCUUAUGGAGCGCGCACCAGAAACGGUUCUUUGUUGGUCUAA